GGGGCCAAGGCGGGUCAGCUCCCUAAGCUACCUGGGUAAGAACCAAAAUGGCUUCCGUUACUGUCACUACCGAGUGAGUCCCGCCUGGGGGUGUAGUCUGUGUCUUGUCUUUGGAAUUCACACCUGUUCCCCAUUUUUCCGCCUGGUUUGCUGUCCCUACUGAGGUGGAGAGGCUAGAGUAAUGGCAGGGAGUGUCCCUUGGGCGGCAAGUAGGAGACUCUGGGGCUGGAUGCCGUCGGCAUGCAGAAGCUUCUCUCUGGGUGUUCCGCAGUUGGCCUAUGUAAGGCUCACGCUCCCACCUCCCAAAGUGGUUGACCGCUGGAACGAGAAGAGGGCUCUGUUUGGGGUAUACGACAACAUUGGAAUCCUGGGGAAUUUUGAAAAGCAUCCAAAAGAACUGAUCAAGGGCCCAGUAUGGCUUCGAGGCUGGAGAGGAAAUGAAUUGCAGCGUUGUAUCCGAAAGAAGAAAAUGGUGGGAAGCAGGAUGUUCAUCGAGGAUCUGCACAACCUUAACAAACGAAUCAGCUAUCUCUACAAACACUUUAACCGGCAUGGGAAGUACAGAUAGGACAGCAAAUUUGUCACUCUGGAGAAGGGAACAGGACUUAUCCCAGCAAAGAAAGAGCUUUGUGUGCUCUCUGCAAUAAAAAUAGGGCUUCUUUGGAAUCUGCUACAUUUACUCAUUCUUGCACAUUGGAGUCUGUGUAAUCCCUAAGUCACAUGAUCUUCUGUUACGAUUACUUACUAUAGCCCAGUUAUACUUGUGGCCUUUAUAACAGAAUCGUUUAUUGCUGGCACGUUGACACUGGCCUUUCAUGUAAGUUUCUAAAGAAUUUUUUUUUUUUUUUUUUGGUAAUCUUGAAGCUGAAACCCAGGGCCAUGCUCAUUCUAGGGAAGUGUAGCUGUUGUUUCUAAAAACUCUGCCACACCAAAAUGAGCUGGGAAAGUGGAAUUACACUUUGUAUUGCUGUUAUCAGAAUAAGUUAGGGAGCUUCUGUGUACCGCAGCAUUCCCUGUUCUCUGGAGCAGAGCAGCUCUGAGGAGGGUGAGGGUGACCUUGAGCCACGCCCAGCCUUAUGAGGUGUUAAAGAUGGCACCGAGUAUUGCCCUCUGCUGGGAUUGCAGGUGUGUGCUACCCUGCUUUUUUUUAUUUUUAAGGAAAAAAGUUUCAUUUAAGAAUGAUAUUUUAAGCCGGGCGGUGGUGGCGCAUGCCUGUAAUCCCAGCACUCUGGGAGGCAGAGGCAGGCGGAUUUCUGAGUUCGAGACCAGCCUGUUCUACAGAGUGAGUUCCAGGACAGCCAGGGCUAUACAGAGAAACCCUGUCUCGAAAAAAACCAAAUCCAAAAAACCAAAAAAAAAAAAAAAAUGAUAUUUUAAUACAGGCUUGAGCACCAGGGCUAUGAGAGAGGUGUUCAGAUGAAGGAAGACCCUUGAAAGCAUGAGUGGGUUCUCUGAGACUCUUCUAUGUGGCAUAGUGCUGGGGUCUUGAAUAUACCAAGUGCUUAUUGUAUAGUGAACUAUAUAUCCUCUGCCUGCAUUUUGUUUUUGUUAGUAUAUAUAUUAAUUGCAAAAAUAAUAGGUUUCACUAUGACAUUUUUCAUUUAUUUCUAUUGGUUUCUUUUCUUUUCUUUUCUUUCUUUCUUUUUUUUUUU